CCCACAAUACUUUGCGGCUAAGAUCAGGCUGAAUCGGCAAGAUGUUUGACACCUUUCCGCUAAAAUAUUCCCGGGAGUGCUGCUAGAAUUUCAUCUCGAUUUCGGGUCAUUUUGAUCGAAAUGAAGUCCAAUCGCUUCAGUUGAUUCGGCUAGCAAUAAACGAUUAAUUGUGUCAUAGUGCAUAAGUGUUGACCAAAAAUCUCACGCUACAUACGUGGUACAUUCGUCAAAGACUGUAUUAAAACAUCGAUCGACGCCGCGGGAGUGAUCAGAAGAAGCGCGGGGAUGCUACUCUCCUGUCGCACAAGUCGGGCGACGCUUUUGUUAAUUAUUUGGAAUUUGCUUUAACGGGCUAAAAUGAUUAGAAUAUGUUUUUUUUUGGCAAUAGAUUGAUUACACUACUGAAUUAAGGACUUAUCUUUCACUCUUGCUCUCUUUCUCUCUCUCUCUUUCUCUCUCUCUCUCUCUCCCCCCUCCUUCCCUUCUCUGUCUUCUCCCCUUCUUUCCCCGCUCUCUGCAGAGCUGUUGAUGAAGAUGAGCGGUGAAAUGUUUGAGGGGAAAGAUUAUCCAACUCAGUGGGCUCUUAAUCCUUCUGCUUAUCAAAACAUGAGUAAUGAUCAAGUGGACUGGGCAGCACUGGCACAACAAUGGAUAAAAAUGAAAGAGACAAUUGUACCACCAGCACCACCACCACCUGCUAUUAAUACCAUAUGUCCAGGAAAUGACGGCAGUGGCGAAGCACCCAUGGACAUGGAUACUAAAGAUGACGAUGUACCUCCUGCUCCACCUGCUCCAAAUAUCAGUGGAUCAGAAGCCUGGAAUCAAUGGAAUCAGUGGGAUAAUUGGAACAGUUCAACAUCUGGAACAGGAAACUGGGAAUGGAGUGGAGUACCUCCUCCUGGUGUCACGGUAGGUCCUGAUGGGAAACCUAUUGGACUUCCGGCUGUACCAGUAAUACCACCAGCUCCAACAAUAUCUACUACUACUGAUUUUAAUACACCUCCACCUGCACCUUCAAUGUAUUCAUACAAUUCAGUAUCUCCUGCACAAUCAUAUAAUCAGGUUACCAAUGCUUAUUGGUCUGGAGAGCCACCUAAUACAGUACCAUCACAGCCACCUGGUUUCAUGAAGGGUAUAAGACAUAUGAACAGAGCAUCUCAUAUGAGAGGGAUAGAUCCAGCUCGAUGUCGAGAUGACAGAGAAAAGACUCCAGAGGAGGACACCACUACAACUAUAGAUGCUGCCAAGCGGCGACAGCUACCAGCAUGGCUCCGAGAAGGACUGGAAAAAAUGGAAAAAGAAAAGCAAAAAGCUGUGGAAAGGGAAAGGUUAGAGAUACUCAGGAAACAGGAGUUAGAGGCUCGUAAACAGGCCGAAGACGAGGCGCGCGCUGUACUCAAUCCCAGCAGAAGCAAAUUUGAUUCAGACUCGGAUAAAGAAACGGAACAGGAGUUUGAUACGAGUAAUGUGCGCGGGCAACAAUCUGUAGAAAAAAGUUAUGAUCGCACCCCUGACAUUGUGCUUCGACCGCGAAAGUCGCGAUUCAGAGAUGCGGAUUCACCCGAAUCUCAUGUGGUCGCCGACGAAAGUCCUACUGCCGCAGUUAGCGCGCCUCCUGUCGUGCCGAAACUUUCUCGAGAGGAGAUCAUGCAAAAUAUAAUGUUGAAGGUACGUAGGUCAUUGACAGAAAUACUACUGGAAGUGACGAAUGAAGAGAUCGGUGCGGUGUGCAGAGAUGUUUGGAGCCACGCACGUACCAAAGUCCCCGCAGGAGAGAUCCCCGUCGCAUCCCUCAACAACAUGGCCCCUCUUGCUCAGAUCACUCGCAAGCUCGGUCUGGGCAUCUACGGCGACAGUAACAGCGAUUCCGAGGAAGAGCAGGGCGAGCAAGUUCAGAACGACGACAGCGACGAGGAACUGAUGGAAACAGUGAGACGAAGGCAGCAGGCGUUUCGUAAGACGGAGGAGGAGAUCGAGGCGCGGCUUGCUGAGGAGGAUGAGCGGGAAGAGCAGCGUUACGAGGAGCAGUAUAAUAAGCAACAGGAAAAUCAUACCGGUAAUACUAGCUGCAGAGAGUCAGUUGAUGAAAAAGAAACGGUAAAUAAUCAGAGAGAAGCAUCCGAAACUUUGUCGAGCGAUGGCCAAAGUCCACAAGCGGCGACGGCGACGUCUGCAAUGGCGACGCAGAAUAAUGCGCCGACCGACAACGUGACGAAAACUAACAGCACUGUCUCGGGAUCGGCCGAUUCCGAGUCGAGCAGCUCCGACUCGGCUAGCAGCUCCGAGUCGAGCAGCCAUGAGUCCACUAAGAAGACCAAUAACAAACGCUCGGCCAAGCAGCAACAGCAGCAGCAUCAACAGCGGCAGCAAUCGCGCGAGCGAGAUCAUCGACGACGAAAAUCCAGAAGCAAGAGUAAGAGCAAAUCGCGGAACGAGUCCUCCAGGCGGUCCAGAUCACGCUCUUCUGAAGCACGUUCGCGCAAGCGAAGAUCACGUUCGAGAUCGGCGGUCAAGUCGCGCAAGAACUACCGCUCACGGUCCUCCAGCAAUCACAGGUCUAGCGGUGAUGGCGGCGGCGACAGGAAACAUCGAUCACGAUCGCGCAACCGUAAGCGCGCCAAGUCGCGCUCGCGCUCCCGUAGCCGACGCUCCAGAUCAGCGUCCACCACUAUCGCCAGCAGGAAGUGGUCGUCGCGUUCCCGCUCCCGCGGCAAGAGGAAAUCCCGUUCACGCUCCAGGGACAGACGACGAAGCCGUUCCCGCAGCAAGUCGCAUGGGAAGCGAAGAAGAACAACCGCGACAUCACGUUCAAGGUCUCGCGGCGGCGGCAGGGAAAGAUCGCGCAGCCGCUCGAGGGGUUCGCGCAGGCGAUCGAGAUCUUAUAUUUCCAGGAGCCGGCGACGGAGCCGAUCGAGGUCUCGGGAUCGCAGUAGAAAAUCGCGAUCCAGGUCAGGUCAUCGCGACGGUAAGAAGUCGUCACAUCGGUACAGGAAUUGAGCCUGAUCCUCACAACUUCGAGCCAAGCAUCUUCCACUGGCUUCCACUCGGCUUCUACAAUUUCACUAUGAUUCAGUUCAUCAACGUAUCAGCGCAAUGUGCAUACAGUUACAUAUUUUGAAUAUAAUCACAUUCAAUCUUCACAAAUAGUGUAUAAAACCGCAUGGUACAAUAAAAAAUGAUACACGUAA